AUGGAUGCUUUUGAGGGAAUUCACAGCGUCCAGAUUUCCUCUUCUCCACCACCUUCAACAACAGCCAGCCCAGGAUAUGAAAUCCUCAAAGGGAGAUCUGGAAUAUCAGUAUAUUCCUCUACCGUGUUUUUUGGGAAACCUGAUGUCCUGGGAAAGCCAACCGCCAGACACAAGUGCAGCAGGGACGAUGAGGAUGGAGGAUGUGUUGUUGGACGGUUGGUAGAUCUGGAUCCCGAUCCGAAGUCCAGAGUGGAGGGAGGAGGCUCGGCUGGGCCCCCCUUAUCCAGAGCCCAUGGCGUCCUCUCCCGGCAUCGUAGCUCGUCGCUGGAGAUCAAAGAAAAAGAAAUCAGAGAAAAGGGCUCUGAGAUCCUCAGGGAACAGCUAGAUGCUGCAAAGAAGGAACUGAAACUAAAGGACAAGGAGUGUGAGCGUCUGUCGCAGGUCAGGAUUCAGCUGGAGCAGGAGCUGGAGGAGCUGACUGCCAGUCUGUUCGAGGAAGCUCACAAGAUGGUGAAUGAAGCUAACGUCAAACAAGCAGGAGCAGAGAAACAACUGAAGGAGGCUCAGGGAAAGAUUGAUGUUCUUCAAGCAGAGGUGACAGCGCUCAAGACCCUUGUGUUGACAUCAACACCUUCUUCUCCAAACCGCCAGCUGCAUCCUCAGCUGCAGACGUCAGGAACCAGGGGAGGGUACAGACACGUCGGGGGCCACGUUCGCAACAAAAGCGCAAGCGGGGCCUUUCCAUCUGUAGCUGGAAAACCAGAAAACACCUUACUUUCCAUUCAGCCUGCGGCCAAAGAGGACAGAGAGAUGGACUCCGUUCUGUAUGCAGAGUUUUUGAUGUGGAAGGAGAACCCGAGUGUGGAGCGCUCCUCUGCCUUCUUGAGUCGCAUCUACAGAGAAGACAUCGGACCCUGCCUCUUCACAAAGUCUGAGCUGUCGCAGCUGGUGCAGAGCGCAGUGGAAAACAACUCUCUGACCAUCGAGCCGGUGGCCAUGUCAGCGUUACCGAUGGUAAAAGCCUCUGCUGUCGAGUGUGGCGGCCCAAAUGGCUUUAGGGCAGCAAUAGAGACAAAAUGUGCAUUGAGCGGCAUGUUGCGCCUCUGCAGACACCGCAUUAAGCUCGGUGACAAAGGGAGCUACUAUUACAUCUCUCCCUCCAGCCGAGCACGGAUCACGGCUGUUUGCAAUUUUUUUACUUAUAUCCGCUACAUCCAGCAGGGCCUGGUGAGACAUGAUGCGGAGCAGAUGUUCUGGGAGGUGAUGCGUCUCCGCAGAGAGAUGACUGUGGCUAAGUUAGGUUUCUACCUCACUGACCAGGGCUAGAGACCCCCACAUCAUCCCAGGACCUGGAGCAUUUGAGAUCAGGGUUAAACUGUGGUAACAAUCAGGGGUUUAGCUUUUGUAGCAGAGGGUUGGACAGCAUCAGUGCUGCAGCAGGCGUCGACCAACAAGGGAAGCAGAAAAAUGGGCCACUUUUAUUCGAUAUGGAAAAGCCAGCACAGCGAGAAGGAAACAUGACAUUACAAAAUGCGUUAUUCCGAGAUAUGUAAAAUAUAUUUCUGUUAUUCUGCAGGCCUACAGUAACUCUCCAGAGCUGUUGCUGUUUCUCCCCGGUGGAGUAAACUUCUUAUUUUGAUCCUAAUAGACUCUAUGUAUCAUGAAAAGAUAAGCACAACGCAUGAUAGCAGUGUAGAGAGUUUAGUUGGUCUCUUACCUCAAGUAUUACAUAUUUAUAUGUAACUAUGUUAUAGUUCUACUGUGAGAUAAGCAAUAUCUAUGUGGAUUCUUCACAACAAGUAUUUUUACAGAAAUAUAAUGCACACUAGCAUCUCUAGUAAAUUUGAGUCAUCGGUUAAAACACAACAGACCUUCUCUCAGCAUGGCCUUAAAUGUGUUGAUGCCCUCAUGCACUACCUGUCCUAGAUGCCUUUCAAAUUCACACAAUAGAAAACAGCUUCAUGUCAGCCUGACCUUCAUUACCAGAAAUAUUGUUAAUGAUUUAGUCAUGACACCCCCACGCUCAAAAUGGUGACAGUUUCACAAUAUAGUCCGAAAAUGAACAAGCUUUAAUACCAGAGAUUGCAAUAUGACCAGUUUUGUCUGCAAUGAGGAGGAUGUAAAGACAAUUUAAAGCCAUAAAUAACGUUGCAUGAAUGCAGUAAAUAGCCAUAUUAUACAAUGUAUAUUGGUUGUGCUUUACAGUAUAGAUUAGUUAUUAUCAAUGGCCAACUUUCCUUUACAGAAAACAGCCUGUUGAAUGUUAAAAUGAUGAAUGUUGUGCAAUAAUUACUGCUUUUAAGGCACCUAACUUCAGUGUACUGAUAAUCAAAACACUCCAUUAAAUACAACACAUUGAAGCCUCACUACAUCACCUUUGUACUGUGUGUGAUUUAUAUGUCUUGCUUGAAUAAAAUCUGAUAGCAGAUAAAUUAA